GGACAAAGCCCAGGCCAGCCCUGCCAGGGGACCUCGAGGCCUGCCGCUUGCGUGGACCCAUUGCCCGACCUCGGGUCUGGACCCCAGGGACAGCAAGCAGCAAGCAGGGCGGGCUGCACCGCCAGAGCAGCAGAAUCAAGGUACGUAGGAGACCCGCGUCCGUCCUUAGGCUCCUUCUGGCCCCCCUCCCCCGCCCUGGGAAAGCAGUGGCAGAAGGAGGCAAUGCAAAGUGAGCCCAUUUGGUAGGGGAAAGGAGGGUUCAGGGAUGUAUGGAGAGCUGAAUUAGGGGUUGGAAAGCCCAUGGCAUUGGGAAAGAAUGGAGAGGUAAUCUGGAGUGUGCUGUUAAAGGACGGGGAUCGUUGGAAAAUAUUUUCUUAAAACUUCAGGCAAUGAAUGUAUUAUUUAAUAGAUUUCUUCUGAUCUACUUUGUAAUUGGUUGCCCCUUGCAAGAGAUUGUAUUUGGAGGAUGUAAAAGACCCUCCUUCAAUUACUUGGAGAAAGGGAACAUAAACAGGGAUUUCUUCUUUUUUAGCCUCCAAAGCUCUGAGAGCUUACACUUCUGCAUAAUUUAAUUCUUUCCUACCUGCUAUGAGCAGGUCUCCAGAUCAGCAAGUUCCUUUGGAAUGGUUUUGCUUGUUUUUGUUUAUUUUCCAUGGUGCUGAUUAGAAAGCCACGAAUUGUUUUGUGAAUUUUAAAUUUCAAGAGGUGGCACCCAGAGUUGAUGGUGGUUUCCUUCACACAUUGCAGUGUAGUUGCAGCAUAAAAAAAAUACUUCCUGUGACAAGAAGUGGAAAAAGAAAGUUGAUGAGCUAAGAAAAGUAGAGCCUUGAGCCAGAUCAACCAUUUGGCUUCCUCAAAUAUGGAGCAAGCAUGGAAUGUGGCUUUUUCAGAAUCGAGGGGGUUUUUAGGAUUGGGCAGUGAAUGCUGUCUGGGGCUAACCUGUCCCAUUUGUGGCUGACAACCCUUAGGAGAAGGUCAGAAUGUGCCAACAGCACAGAGUGGGCACUGGUGGUAUUUGAACUCAGAAGUGCUCAGGAACUGUGAAAGUUUCUCUGUUAUCACCCUGGAGCCAUCUAGUGAAAUAGACCAAGUGAUGCUGUGUAAGAGGCCAUUGUGAGGGCUGGAGAGAUGGCUCAGUGGGUAAGAGCACCAAGUAUUCUUCCAGAGGUCCUGAGUUCAAAUCCCAGCAACCACAUGGUGGCUCACAACCAUCUGUAAUGAGUACUGAUGCCCUCUUCUGGUGUGUCUGAAGACAGCUGCAUUGUCUCACAUAUAAAUAAAUAAAUCUUACAAAAGAUUGUCAUCUACUGCAGUUUCUAUGUGGACAGGGCACAGUUGAAGGGCUUAAAGAUCAAAUACAUUGCCUGUCUUUAAAGAUCAAGUGUAUCACCUAACUUUCAAACCAAGAAAUGUAGUGUCUUUUUUUGCUGCUUGUGUAGCUUUUAGUGAUGUAUCUUUUCUCCUAGUACGUCCUUUGUUUCCAUAAUAGUUGUUUUCAAGUAUAUAUGAUUAUCGCUCCUAUUUGCAGAGCUAUUCAAUAUUUUCAUUGGUUAAAUAUUUGUGGUGAAUUUGCAUUGUGAUAUCAGUAAAAUGCUAUGUGAAAAUUUUAGAGAAUAUACCGGUUUGGGUAAUUUUAAUAACCUUUGCCCUCAAGUGGUGGCCUGUUUUCACAUUGAAAAGUCUGGAAUUCAUUACCAUCCAUAGCAGGAUUGAUAGGGAAGCAAAAUGGACAGUGACAGUUCUGUACUCUUUGACAGUUGUGGGAGCCAAGAAAGAAGUGUGACUUGCUUUUUGUGACUUACAAAAUCAAGACUGAGUAUCAUUACUGUAGAAGCCCAUGGAAAAAAUGAUGAAGUUUUCAGAUAUCACCAGUUAAAGAAAUGGUGGUUUUGCUUAUAUUGAAUUCUGAGUUUCAAAGUUAUGUUUCAUUUUUCUUUAUUCCUUACUGAGGCUUUUUAUUAAGUUUUUAUUCACCAUUACACCCUUAGAUGCACAGGGCUAGGAUUGUAGUAGGUGCUCAAUAAAUCACUGACCAUUGGGGAGGAGGAAUGAUAAGAAAGUAUGUAUUUUCUGUAAGUUCUGUUAGUUUUGGGAACAGGUGGUUUUAGGCUUACCAGUCAAAGUUUGGUAUCUUGUCCAAUAUAAGACAACUUGACAGAACCCCCUUUCUGGCCAUUAUGUUCAACUUAUUUUACUCUUAAUCAUUCUUGAAAAUCAUGGAAGUAGUGUGGAAAAUUGAUUGUACCUGCAGUAUAGCAAAAAAGGCCAGUCUAGAUAGGUAAGCAGUUAUGUUUGUCCCUGAGCCGAUGUCUUAAAACAUCUAGAUUUUAGGAUUUUAGUGUUGUGUUUUCUAAACAUACAUCGUACAGCAAACAGAUAACAUCGUAAUAGAAUAAAGGAAUCUUUUGAUUUAGCACCAAAUUCCAUAAAGCAAUGACUACUGCACAGCUCUCUUGGCCAUAUGAAUAGCAGAAAUUAUAUUUCACUUUUUUAAAGAAAUAACGAAAGUACUAAAGGUUGAAAAAAGCCCAUUGGAAAAGGUCCCUGUGGUGUUUCUCUUUGGUUUCUUGUCCUCUUUCUAGAGGACAACUUUAAGAGGUCAGGGCGGUCAGGUGGUCAGUGUGGUCAGGCAGUCAUGAGAGAUGGUUAAGCGAUGUGCUAGGGCCCCAUAGGCCAGUGAGCCUCACUGAAGAGCAGAGGCUAGCCAGUGAGCCAGUCUGAAGAACAGAGGCUAGCCAGUGAGCCUGACUGAAGAGCAGAGGCUAGCCACUGAGCCUGACUGAAGAGCAGAGUCUAGCCAGUGAGCCAGUCUGAAGAGCAGAGGCUAGCCAGUGAGCCUGACUGAAGAGCAGAGGCUAGCCAGUGAGCCAGUCUGAAGAGCAGAGGCUAGCCAGUGAGCCCAGCUGAAGAGCAGAGGCUAGCCAGUGAGCCUGACUGAAGAGCAGAGGCUAGCCAGUGAGCUGGACUGAAGAGCAGAGGCUAGCCAGUGAGCAUGACUGAAGAGCAGAGGCUAGACAGUGAACCUGACUGAAGAGCAGAGGCUAGCCAGUGAGCCUGACUGAAGAGCAGAGGCUAGCCAGUGAGCCUGACUGAAGAGCAGAGGCUAGCCACUGAGCCUGACUGAAGAGCAGAGGCUAGCCAGUGAGCCAGGCUGAAGGCUGAAGAGCAGUGAUUUUAACCUUUAUUUCUAAGUUCUUCAGUUUUCCUAAAAGACAAAAGUUUGCCUCCAUAAAGUAUGGCUUAAAAAGUUCUCCUUGCUCUCUUCUUCUUAUCUCCUUCCCUCUUGCUCUUAUGACACAAUAAUUUCCUUACUCUCAAUGCCUUACUCUCAACGCUAUGCCUUUACUUCUAAGUUCUUCUUGAGUUCUGUUCUCUUCAGCUCAGUUCUGUCUAAAAAGCUUUCUCUCUCUUUGUCUGCAGCAUUUGUAUAUCUUUCUGAACACAGCAUCACAUGGUGAAAAGUUCACCACAAGUUUGCACAGGAAUUCAAAUCAUAAGUUGGAUAAUCAGUUUAAGACAGAGAAUGUUUACAUGCAUAUCCAUGAAGAGUAAUCAUCAGGAUAAACCAUCACCAGCUGUCACUAGCUCUGCACAUUCAUGGAGAGUUAAAAGCUGUAAUUUUUAUGAGAAAAGAAUAAGGAACAUUACCUAUAGGCAAAUCCCGUCAAUUAUUUAUGUUCAGUCCUUGCACCUAUAGUAAAUCAUUAGUUCUCUUUUUAUGAACUUUGGUUAAUUGGUUAAUACCCUCUUAGGAUGGGCUAUAAUUUGUAGAUGCCUGCUUGGUAUUGCAGAAGCGAUUCACUCAUGACACUUUAAGAAUGGCAGGGUUCUCAAUGCAAUUUUGAUUACCAGAGAAACAUAAUAGCAGUCCUAUUUUAAAAACUUAAAAUACUAAUCUAAUUUUAGGAAUUCUUAUAGAACCAUCAUUAAGAAUUAAGAAAUCAUCUAUUUGUCUGUACAUCAUCACGCCAAGACAAUACAUCUUCAUUGCUCUGUGGUGAUCUGCUCAAAAGAGUGGGGUAAAGAGCUUGACAAAUACAGAGGCAGAUGCUUGCAGCCAACCAUUUGGCUGAGAGCAGGGUCCCCAAUGGAGGAGUAAGAGAAAGGAUUGAGGGAGCUGAAGGGGUGUACAGCCCCAUAAGAACAACAAUAAGAAACACCCAGAGCUCCCAGGACUGAGACCACCAUCCAAUGUGUACACAUGGACAGACAGACCCAUGGCUACAGCUGCAUAUGUAGAAGAGGAUGGCCUUCUUGGGCACAAAUGGGAGGAGAAGCCCUUGGUCUUGUCAAGGCUUGAUGCCCCAGUGUAGGGGAAAUCAGAACAGGGAGGCAGGUAGGCCUGGGUGGUUGGGUGGGUGGUAACACCCUCAUAGUAGAAGGGGGAGGAGGUAUUAAUAAGGGGUUUUGUGGAUGGGAAACCAGGAAAAGGGAUAACAUUUGAAAUGUAACAAAAGCCCUCUCUGGGGAAGGGACAGCGGAUAAGCUGCUCUGAGCCCCUACUUCCCUGCUGCCUCCCUUUGAUCCAGACAGUGGUGCAUGGUGUCAGCCUGGGACUCUCCAUGGGCUGCUCCUGGCACUGGACUUGGCGUUCAGGGCCAAGAGCAUGAUGAGCAAGGAGCACAUGGUUUGUCCGGAUUCAGAGCUGGGCCAGUGGCCACCAGAUGACAAGCACAGCAUCAUGUACGAUCAUGAGGUCUUCCUGGGCAAGGAGGACUCCAAGACCUUUGAUAGCUAAGCCUGGACGAGAGCAGGAGAGGCUGGGGAAAAUUGUUGACCCAAUUGACAGUGAUGGACGUGGCAUUGUUACUACUGAAGACCUGAAAGUUUGGAUCAAACAGGUACAAAAAAGAUACAUCUACCAUAAUGUGGCUAAACCCUGGAAGGAUUAUGAUAGGGACAUAGUUGUAAAAUCUCCUGGGAAAAAUACAAGCAGGCCACCUAUGGCUACUCCCUGGGACACCUUGUUGAUUUCCAAGACGGCUGUGAUGAUCACAACUUUAAAAAGAUGCCUCCACGAGAUGAGAGGAGGUUUAAGGCCUUGAAGGUGACCUGACAGCUACUCAGGACUGGUUCAUUGCUUUUCUGCACUAAGAGGAUUUAGAACAUAUGAAGGAGAUUGUAGUUCUGGAAACCCUGGAGGAUAUCGACAAGAACGGGGAUGGUUUUGUGGACCAGGAUGAGUACAUUGUGGACAUCUUUUUCUCACGAGGACAAUUGCCCUGAAACAGACUGGGUUUUGUCUGGGGAGCAGUUCAAUGAUUUCCCAGAUCUGAACAAGGAUGGGAAGCUGAACUAGGAUGAGAUUCACCAUUGUAUCCUUCCUCAGGACUAUGACCAUGCAAAGGCUGAAGCCCGGCAUCUGGUGUAUGAGUCAGACAAAAACAAGCAUGAGAUGCUGUCCAUGGAGUAGAUUCUAGACAACUGGACCAUGUUUGUGGGAAGCCAAGCCACUGACAUGGAAGAUCUUACCAAAAAUCAUGAUGAAUUUUGAAAGACAGUCAUCCUCAUGUGGCCAAUGGUCACAGGCUUCCUGCAGAUGUUCUGGGUUAUUGCUGUAUUUGUCAAGUAUAUAGCAGUUGUGUCCCUAAACAAUGAGAAACCUUUCUAAAAAAAUCAUAAAUUGCACCAAACAAUAAUAGUAGGAGAUUUAAACACCCUACUUUCAUCAAUGGACAGAUCAGGGAAAUAGAAAUUAAACAGAGACAUAGAAAUACUAACAGAAGUUAUGAAACAAAUGAAUUUAACAUAUAUUUAUAGAACAUUCCACCCUAAAACCAAAGGAUAUACCUUCUUCUCUGCAUCUCAUGGUACCUUCUCCAAAAUUGACCAUAUUAUCGGUCACAAAAGAAGCCUCAACAUGUACAGGAAGAUAGAAAUAAUCCCAUGCAUCCUUUCAAAAAACCACGGACUAAGGCUGCUGAUCAAUAACAACAAAUAGGACAGAAAGCCCACAUAUACGUGGAAGUUGAAGUCAAUGACAACUUGGUCAUUGGAGACAUAAGAAAGAAAUUAAAGAUUUCUUAGAAUUUAAUGAAAAUGAAGAUACAACAUACCCAAACUUAUGGGACACAAUAAAAGCAGCGCUAAGAGGAAAACUCAUAGCUCUGAGUGCCUGCAAAAAGAAACAAGAGAGAGCAUAUCUAAGCAGCUUGACAGCACACCUCAAAGCUCUAGAAAACAAUUAAAUAAACCCUAGAGGAGUAGAAGGCAGGAAAUAAUCAAACUCAGGGCUGAAAUCAAACAAGAAGAAACAAAACCGAGGAUCAAAAGAAUCAGCAAACCCAGGAACUGGUUCUUUGAGAAAAUCAACAAGAUAAAUAAACACUUAGCCAUACUAACCAGAGGUCACAGAGAAUAUAUCCAAAUUAAUAAAAUCAAAAAUAAAAGGGAGACAUAACAACAAAUUCUGAAGAAAUUAAAAAGAUCAUCAGAUCCUACUACAAAAACAUAUAUUCAACAAAACUGGAAAAUGUGGAGGAAAUGGACAAUUUUCUAUACAGAUACCAGGUACCACAGUGAAAUCAGGAACAAAUAAACCAUCUAAACAACCCCAUAACUCAUAAAGAAAUAGAAACUGUUAUUAAAAAUCUCCCAUCCAAAAGGAGCCCAGAACCAGAUGGAUUUAGUGCAGAAUUCUAUCAGAACUUCAUAGAAGACUUCAUACCAAUACUGCCCAAAUUAUUCCGCAAAAUAGAAACAGACAGAGCACUACCAAAUUCCUUCUAUAAAGCCACAAUUACUCUUAUACCUAAACAACACAAAGAAACAACAAAGAUAGAGUAAUUCAGACCAAUUUGAUUUAUGAAUAUUGAUGAAAAAAAUGCUCAAUAAAAUUCUUGCAAACUGAGUCCAAGAACACAUCCAAACAAUCAUCCAUCAUGAUCAAGUUGGCCUCAUGGCAAGGAUGCAGGGAUGGUUUAAUAUACAGAAAUCCAUCAACAAAAUUCACCAUAUAAACAAACUCAUAGGAAAAAAACCCACAUGAUCAUUUCAUUAGAUGCUGAGAAAUCAUUUGACAAAAUUCAGUAACCUUUCAUUAAUAAAGUCCUGGAAAGAUCAGGAAUUCAAGGCCCAUAUCUAAAGAUAGGAAAAGGCAAAAUACAUCCAACCAGUAGCUAAUAUCAAACUAAACUGAGAAAAUUGAAGGAAUCCCACUAAAAUCAGGGACUAGACAAGGCUGCCCACUCUUUCCCUACUUAAGUACAAUAUGGUACUUAAAGUCCUAGCCAUAGCAAUCAAACAAUGAAAGUAGGUCAAAGGGAUAAAAAUUAGAAGGGAUGAAGUCAAAACACUAAUAUUUGAAGAUGAUAUGAUAGUCUACUUAAGCAACACCAAAAUUCCACCAGAGAACUACUUAACCUGAUCAACAAUUUCAGCAAACUGUCCGGGUAUAAAAUUAACUCAAACAAUUCAGUAGCCUUCCUCUACUCAAAGGGUAAACAGGCUGAGAAAGAAAUUAGGGAAAUGACACCCUUCACAAUAGUCCCAAAUAAUAAAAAAUAACUUGCUGUUACUUGAACCAAGCAAGUAAAAAAUCUGUAUGACAAGAACUUCAAAUCUCCUAAGAAACUGAAGAAGAUCUCAGAAGAUGGAAAGAUCUCCCAUGCUCAAAGAUUGGCAGGAUGAAUAUGGUAAAAAAUGGCCAUUUUGCCAAAGGCAAUCUACACAUUCAAUGCCAUCACCAACAAUAUUCCUACUUAAUUCUUUAUAAAGGUAGAAAGUGCAAUUUGCCGUCAUUUGGUAUAACAUAAAACCCAGGAUAGCAAAACUAUACUCAACAAUAAAAGACCUUCUGGGGGAAUCACCAUCUCUGACCUCAAGCAGUAUUACAGAGCAAUAGUUUGUAUGGUAUUGGCAUACAGACAGGCAGAUCAGGGGAACAUAAUUGAAGACACAGAAAUGAACACACACCUAUGGUCAUUUGAUCUUUGACAAAGGAGGUAAAACAUCCAAUGGAAGAAAGAUAGUAUUUUUAACAAAUGGUGCUGAUUCAACUGGAGGUCAACAUGUAGAAGAAUGCAAGUUGACCCAUUCUUAUUACCCUGUACAAAGCUUAAGUCCAAGUGGAUCAAGGACCUCCACAUCAAACCAGAUACACUGAAAGUAAUAGAUAAAAAGUAGGGAAGAGUCUCGAAGACAUGAGCACUAAGGAGAUAUGGAGGCCAAAUCUAAAGCAGAGACUGAAGGAAAAGCCAUUCAGAGUCUGCCCCACAUGUGGCCCAUAUAUAUACAGCCACCAAAACUAGGUAAGAUUGAUGAAGCUAAAAAGUGCUUACUGAAAGGGACUGGAUAUGCAUCUCCCCUGAGAGACACAUCCAGGGCAUGUCAAAUAAAGAGGUCAGUGCUUGCAGUAAACUACUGAACUGAGAACAGGACCCCCUUUAUGGGAAUUAGAGGAAGGAUUCAAAGAGCUGAAGGGCUUGCAACCCCAUAAGAACAGCAAUGCCAACCAAAUAAACCACUAGCAAAAGACUAUACAUGGACUGACCCAGGGGUCCAACUGCAUAUGUAGGAGAGAAUAGACUUGUUGGGGCACCUGUGGAAGGGGAAGCCCUUGUUCUUAACAAGGUUGGACCCUCAGUGCAGGGGAAUGUCCGGGAAGGGUUUCAAGGGGCGUGGAUUGUGGGACCAUACAUAUGGAGAAGGGUCCCGGGAGGGGGGCUUAUGGACCAAAAACUGGGAAAGGGAAUAAGGUUUGAAAUGUAAAUAAAAAGUAUAUAUCUAUUAAAAACCAAAAUUUUAAAAAAUGAUAAUAAUAGUAAGAAAUAAUCAAGAAAAAAAGAGAAUGUGAAUAAGAAAGAAAUUUUAGGACUUGGAAAAAGAUGAAUGCCAGGUAUUUGAAAAACUGUAUGACCAUGGUAAACACUUUAAUAUAUGUGAGAAAUUUUUUACAUGUUACUGAAUUGCAUCUUUUUUUUAAAUAGUGAAUGGAAAUACAGUCCCUUCCUGUGUGUGAGGCUAGGUAUCCAGAUGUAGUGGAAUUCAUUAUUUGUUGAGUCCUGAACCUUUGAGCCUGCUUCUAACACAGCUUAUGCCAAGGAAACUAGGCGAAGGUGAUAUCUAAGCCAUUGACCAAACUAUCUGGACUAACAAUCACAGGUGAAAUUCCACCUUUUAAAUGGGACGAGCGGAAUAAAAGAUACCUUUAAGGAUUUAAAAAAAUGAAAUGUACCCAAAAAAUCCAAUAAAAAAGUUUCAAAUAAAAAUAACUUAGGAAAUUCAAAAUACUGCGGUGCCAUUCCACAAUCAUGAUGUGUUUCUUCUGUGAUAGCUUACAGGUUAAUUUACUUCUCUAUGACUGUUUUCUUAUUUGAAAGUAAGUAAUGGCAUCAUCUGUGGAGUGGAUGGGGAGAACAAAAGCUUUGCCUAACUUGAAUAAUCGAUCCCUCCUGAGCAUGUGCUUAACAUUCUAAGCACAGGGAAAUUUCCUGAGGGGUUUAAAGAACAAAAUCUAAACAUAAAACAGGAACAACAACGAUGUAAAAACAUUCUGCAUGCUCGAUAUGAAGACAUGUUACAACUUUAAUCAGCUUUGUAGGUAUUUCUAAUAAACAUCCCAAGAAACAAAAAUCCCAUCACAGUCCUAGCAAUUGCAUCCAACAAAGAGAGAGCUGUGAGGCAGUGCCUGCUGCUUCUUUCCCCAGAUACCCCUGGGCCUCAGGCCUGCAUCCAGUGACCUGGACCUAAGAGCAGCCAGGUUGAAAUUCCUGCUGCCAUGGCAGGAUUCUGCAGGAACAUUUCCCUUUGACAACAAGGAACCUGUGUGGAGGAGACCUCUUGGUGAGUCCUCAUGGACUCUGCAUUUCCUAUUCUACAGGGAGAAGCCCUGCCAGGUCUUUGGCAAGGCCAGCCAGUUGUUUGGGGAAGUCUCUGGUCCUGUGGCAGAGGGCGAGGAAUGGCAGAAAGAAUGGCAGCUCCACUGAAAGGUUAACCCUUCUAGGCCUGUGAACUCCUAAUUAAUUUAUCUUUUCACCUGAUGCCCUAUUCACAUUUUCUUACUAUCAUACAACUGUGAUCUUGAUGAGCAGCUGGUCUCUUGUUUUCUUAAUCAGUUCUUUGUUGUCACAGACGUUUUUAACUUACUCCAACCCAUGAGACUUAUUCAUACCUUCUGUAUGCAGUAGGACCCUUGGUGGGCCUGUCAUCUCAAAAAUAGAAGGUUCAGUAAUCCAAAAGAUUGGACUCCAAUUUACCUCAGGCCAGGAAAGAAGUCAGCCACCAUUAGUAAAAUAGCAAGGGAAGAAUUACAUAGGAAAAACAAGUGCCUUAAUUAGAAGAAAAGAUCCUCAACAUCUAAGGGGUGCACAUCUGCACCCCUCUCUUCUGAGCUUUGUAAAGUGAUGUUGUAUAACUCUAGAUGGUAGUAAAAGGCAGAGCUCUCCCCAGAAAGGUCAAACAUGAUUUUCACUCUUACAUCUGUGAGGUGGGGUGGCAUUAUAGCACACAUUCAGGUAGAAUUAUAACACCUAUGAUAAGAAGACAGAAUCCAUAUAUCACAAUGCCAAAUGGACUCCCUCCUCAACUUAUGGACCCAUUAAGAUUGAGGUUCAACCUGAACUGAGGCCAUUCCACUCCCUUCCCAUCCUCCUGAUUCUUAUGUUUAGUAGGAGUAAAGGAUCAUGGUGCAGCCCCCAAUAUUCUCAUGACUAGACUUGCCUAUUCAGGACGAAUGAUAUUGGAGAAGUGAUGGCUAUAUAGUUACAAUGUAGUAACACAAGCUCCAAGUUGACAUUUGCUCACUGACGUCCAAUUUAAUUGUCUUGUUAUAUUUGAGAAAGGGAGGAUGCCCUACUUAAUAUAUAAAAGGGAAAGAAAUUUAUUAUUUUAUAUAUGCCCUGUAGUUGGUCUCUAUGUUCCCAAGAAAAAGGAGUUUUUAUUGCAAAAAAAAAAUAGGAUUAUAGACCAUUGAUUUUGUGAAAUACAUGGCUAUGUAAUUGGAAACAAUGUCAGCUGUCAAGGACUGCACACUAAUCAACUAUUUCUCGGUUUUAUACACUCAGAGGUAUAGAAGAAAAAUAUUGGCCUCCACAAAAGGGAAAAGCUUAAGAAUCGAAAUGUAUGUCACAUGCAUUGUCUCGGCUAGUAGAUUUACUUUUAAGAAAAAACUGCCCCCUCCUUGGCCCCUAGAGAUUUGGGUGCUAAGAAAAAUCUGUUCUCCAAUUCAGGGUUGUAAGCAACUCUCCCCAGCAAAAGCAUUGUUGACUUCUAAUGAAGCAGAGACACAUAUCUAGCUUUGAAAUAGAGGUUGCCAAAUGGUAUUCCCAGUGACACAUGGGAGACUGGAGGAAAGGGUCCCCGAGAAAUUCAUCACUUUGUGGAGAGCUGGUUAGUAGGUAGGCCAUAGAACUUUCCAGUGACAUCAUCAGUAAGCCCUUCACUGGACACUCUAUUGUAUCUAAGAGAUCCCUAGAAUCUUCAGUGAUGUCACCAGUGUUGUGGUGACACCAACUGCCUUUGGGAUAUUACUUCAGUUCCCUUUGGGUUCACAAGCAGGCAUGUUUCGCCAGCUGCUCAGGCUAUUUCGGAAGGAAAGGGGAGAUCAAGGAGAGACCACACCAGGUCAGAGGGAAGCUGACCCCCUCUCUAGUGAAACAGGAAGGAGGAAAUCAUUCUGCGGAAGGCUUGGUUUUGGUAGGAAGGCAUCAUCCCAAAGUGUCAUCAGCAAGCAAGAGGAGCUUCUAAAGGAACUGGAGGAACUCAAAUUUGAAAUCCAGAAGUGUCAAUUCGAGAGGGAUGAACUUUACCAAAUCCUGGACCUUUAUAUCUAUGAUGAUUGGGACCACAGGCUGGAUGUCGAAUUGCCAGUACUUCAAUCCGAACAUGAGAUGAGAAUGAUGGCUAUGCAAAUGAUGACCAACUCAAUAAGUGAUGCCAUGGAGAGGUACAAGGAGCUCAUACAAGUGAACAGUUCUUACCGCGUGAGGCACUCCCAGCUCCUGCGUGAACAAGCUCAAUUGAGGAACAAUAUACAGAUUUUGCUGAAUGAGAAGAGAAAACUGCUGGUGGAGCAGACUGAACUGCCAGCAUCCUCUGUGGAGGCAAAGAGGCUCUGUGAAGAGGCCGGAAUGAACAUCUGUGACCCCAGUGCCAAGCAACAGCAGGUCUGAAGUUCUCCAGCAGAAACUCGAACAUGACACAGACCAGGACAAGAUCUUUCUUGGAGAGAAGAGCUACAUGAGGAGAACUAAGUGUGCACAGCAAAUACACCACUAUUGUAUCUCAUCUGUAAUGUCCAUCACAAUUGUGGACUGCAUUUUCCUCCUUUAGUUUAACUUCUUUGGAUUGAAUAGGCCUUACUUUCACCUCAGCUCUCUCCAGCAAGUGUAUACUUUUGGAGGAAGUCAGAGAAGUGUUGAUGCACAUCAAUCAAGAGCUGCUGGUCAUCCAGAAAGACUGUGUACGUGAAAAUUUGUACUUGUCCUGAUGGGUCAUCCAGAAGAGUUUCAUGGAGAUCAGUUCACAACAUUGGACAGACUAUGAAACAAAGUCUGUAAUAUCAUUUAUACUCAGUAUUGGUAGGCUUUUUCCUUAAUACCCCCACUCCAACAAAACAGACCUACCUUCACUUCUCUUGAAAAUAUUAUUACCAUCAGUAACUGCUUGUCUACUAUGUCUCCAAGGCAAGCCACAGGCUAUAAGCCAAUUCUGCAAAAGGAGCAGCAAAAGAAUGCUUAGUGCAAUUCCUCUAUUUAAAGUUUGCUUGAGUUUUGAUUAUUUUGUUAUUUGGUUUUCCUUCUAUUCAUUUGAAGAUUUGUUAUUUAUGUGUUGUUGUUGUUUUGUUCAUUUUGUUUUCUAUUUUGAUAAGGAUAUAGACUGUAUAUAUUGACUACCUGCAUCUGGUUACUAUCAAGUAAAUUGGAUGUAUUCUGGUAAAUAAAGGAGUAAUCUCAAA